GGUGUCUACUAUCCUCACCAUUUCUAUGACCGAAAUGACCCGCUCUCUCAUCCAGCACCGCGGACAGCGCCUGCGUCUCACGCGAGACUCAGCAGGAUGUGGCCAUCAUUCGCUCAUUUCACUGCGCGCACCCCUCCCAUCCUAUUUCCUCACGAGUCCCUCUCUCAAUGACUGGCGAACGAGGGCAAAGCACGGAACUCGUUUGCAGCAGAAGCAGCACCUUUGCUCUGGCCGUGUGAAGAGAUUGCAGUGUCUGCUUCCGCACCCGAAGUGUUUCAAGAUAUUAAAAAUUCACCAACAGUCGAUUAGCCCUCUGAAUGCCGAACGCUACCUCAACAAACUGACACGCUUCCACGCCGUAAACAUCCCAUCGUGCGUUUAAUUCGCUUGUACGGUUAGGCGAGCGCUGUCCGAGAGCAAAAAUGUUGGAUCCAUCCUCCAGUGAAGAGGAAUCGGACGGGAUAGUGGAAGAGGAAAGCAGAGAGGUUAUGGCUCCUCAAUCCGGAUCCUCUCGCAUCUCCCCCAGCAGGACCAGCGAGAGCUCUGAUAGGCUCCAACCCGCCAGCCGAGGCUCCAGCGCGCGACCAUCCAGCCCGAGCCCAUCGGCCGCUAGCGAGCAGGAAAAGGAGGACGUGGAGAAACUGCAGAGGGAAGAAGAGGAACGAAAGAAGAAGCUGCAACUCUAUGUCUUUGUAAUGCGAUGCAUCGCCUAUCCUUUCAACGCCAAGCAGCCUACCGACAUGGCAAGGCGACAGCUGAAGAUCACCAAGCAGCAGCUGCAAACCACUAAGGACCGCUUUGAGUCUUUUCUCAAAGGAGACACACAGAUUGUGGCAGAUGAAGCUUUCAUCAAUGCAGUUCAAAGCUAUUUUGAGGUUUUUCUUAAGAGCGACCGUGUUGCUAAGAUGGUGCAAACAGGCGGACUGUCCGCUCUGGACUGUCGCGAGGUGUUCAAGCGCCAUAUCGAGAAACGUGUCCGGAGCCUGCCAGAGAUCGAUGGUCUGAGCAAGGAGACUGUGCUGAGUUCCUGGAUGGCAAAGUUUGACACCAUCUACCGUGGAGACGAGGACCCACGCAAGGCACAGCAGCGCAUGACAGCCAGCGCCGCUUCCGAGCUCAUCCUGAGCAAAGACCAGCUCUACGAGAUGUUCCAGCUGAUCCUGGGGAUCAAGAAGUUUGAGCACCAGCUGUUGUACCAGGCUUGCCAGUUGGAUAAUCUGGACGAGCAAGCAGCUCAGAUCAGGAGGGAACUGGAUGGGCGUCUGCAGAUGGCUGAUCAGAUUGCCCGGGCUGGCAAAUUCCCCAAGUUUGUGUCGAAGGAGAUGGAGGCUAUGUAUAUCGAGGAACUGAGGAGCUCAGUCAACCAGCUGAUGGCUAACCUGGAGAGCAUGCCGGUUUCAAAGGGAGGAGAGUUCAAACUGCAGAAGCUAAAGAGGGGACACAACACCUCCAUCAUUGAUAUGGGACAGGAAGAUGAAAACCAGCUGUCCAAGUCUGAUGUUGUGCUGUCUUUCACACUUGAGGUGGUGAUUAUGGAAGUCCAAGGGUUGAAGUCGCUGGCUCCCAAUCGCAUUGUGUACUGUACAAUGGAGGUGGAAGGAGGACAGAAGCUACAGACGGACCAGGCUGAGGCCUCCAAACCCACUUGGGGAACCCAAGGAGACUUCACCACCACACACCCUCUGCCAGCGGUCAAAGUGAAGCUCUUCACAGAGAGCACAGGGGUCUUGGCCCUGGAGGACAAGGAGCUGGGCCGGGUGGUUCUUCACCCAACUCCAAACAGCCCGAAGCAGGCAGAGCUUCACAAGAUGACUGUGACCAAGGCCUGCCCAGAUCAAGAUCUGAAGAUCAAACUUGCUGUACGCAUGGACAAACCUCAGAACAUGAAGGCUUGUGGGUAUUUAUGGGCUGUCGGCAAAAAUGUUUGGAAACGCUGGAAGAAGCGCUUCUUUGUCUUGGUCCAGGUAAGUCAGUAUACCUUUGCUGUGUGCAGCUAUCGAGAGAAGAAGUCAGAACCACAGGAGCUGCUCCAGCUAGAUGGCUAUACUGUGGACUACACUGACCCACAGCCAGGUCUGGAUGGAGGCCGGUCUUUCUUCAAUGCAGUAAAGGAGGGUGACACUGUGAUCUUUGCCAGUGAUGAUGAGCAGGACCGCAUCUUAUGGGUACAGGCUAUGUAUCGAGCCACUGGCCAAUCACACAAACCCGUCCCGCCCACCCAAGUCCAGAAACUGAAUUCUAAGGGCGGAGCAGCAGCACAGAUGGACGCCCCCAUCUCUCAGUUCUCUGGACUCAAGGAUGCUGACAGGGCACAGAAGCACGGCAUGGAUGAGUUUAUCUCAGCUAACCCGUGUAGCUUUAAUCAUGCCUCAUUGUUCGAGAUGGUGCAGAGGCUCACGUUGGACCACAGGCUUAAUGACAACUUUGCAUGUCUGGGAUGGUUUAGCCCUGGCCAGGUGUUUGUUCUGGAUGAAUAUUGUGCUCGGAACGGGGUGAGAGGGUGCCACAGACAUCUGUGUUAUCUUGGCGACCUGCUGGAGAGGGCAGAUAACGGGCACAUGAUUGACCCGACACUGCUGCACUACAGCUUCGCGUUUUGUGCCUCCCAUGUUCACGGCAACAGGCCUGAUGGUCUUGGAACAGUAACGGUGGAGGAAAAAGAACGCUUUGAGGAAAUCAAAGAGCGAUUACGUGUCCUUCUGGAGAAUCAGAUCACAAACUUUAGGUAUUGCUUUCCGUUCGGUCGCCCUGAGGGAGCAUUGAAAGCCACUCUGUCUUUGCUGGAGAGGGUGCUUAUGAAGGACAUUGUGACCCCAGUCCCACAGGAGGAGGUCAAGGCUGUCAUUCGUAAAUGCUUAGAGCAAGCAGCUCAAAUUAACUACCAGCACAUCACUGACUACGCCAGAGAGGAAGGAAAAAAGAGGGCAAUGUAUGAUCAUCCUGUCUACUCCUUGGCUACACAAGUGAUGGAUUUAACCAUCCUUGAGAAAACUCUAAAGGAUCAGAAGGAUCCAGAGAAUGUAGCUAACCUAGCUACGCCUGCUAAAAAACUGGAGCAUGUCAUCCGCCUGGCAGAGUUAGUAAUUGAGGUUCUACAUCAGAACCAGGACCAUCACGCAGAGGCUGCGGUCACAAGUACAGGAGACCAGUCGGGAAAAGAGGCCUUUGCAUGGUGGUCAGACCUGAUGGUGGAGCACGCUGAGAACUUCUUGUCACUCUAUGGAGUUGAUAUGGAUGCUGCACUUGAGAUCCAGUCUCCCGAGAGCUGGGACAGUUUCCCGCUCUUUCAGCUUCUAAAUGAUUUCCUCCGUAUCGACUAUCACCUGUGUAACGGAAAGUUUCACAAACACCUGCAGGACCUGUACGCCCCUCUUGUGGUGCGAUAUGUGGAUCUUAUGGAGUCAUCCAUCGCUCAGUCCAUUCACAGGGGAUUUGAGCGGGAGUCAUGGGAACCUGUAAAGAGUUUAACAAGUAAUCUGCCCAAUGUGAAUCUACCAAAUGUGAACCUCCAAAUUCCCAAAGUACCAAAUCUUCCCGUGCCAGUAGCAGGACUAUCUGUUAACCUUCCACAAAUGCCUAGCUUUUCCACUCCAUCCUGGAUGGCUGCUAUAUAUGACUCUGACAAUGGCUCGGGAACAUCAGAAGAUCUGUUCUGGAAGUUGGAUGCCCUACAGACCUUCAUCAGGGACCUACAUUGGCCGGAAGAAGAGUUUGCCAAACACUUGGAUAACCGUAUGAGGCUCAUGUCAAGUGACAUGAUUGAGACCAGCGUUAAACGCACCAGGGGAGCGUUUGAAUCUAAGCUGGCCAAAAGCAGCCGUUCCACAGAUUUCCGCAUCCCACUGUCCUUAUGCACCAUGUUCAAUGUGAUGGUGGACGCCAAGGACCAGUCUGCUAAACUGUGUGCCAUGGAAAUGGGCCAGGAGAAACAGUACCACUCUCAAAUCGAUGAGCUAAUCGAAGAGACUGUAAAAGACAUGAUUUCACUCUUGGUAGCAAAGUUUGUGGCCAUUCUGGAGAACUUACUUGCCAAGAUCUCCAGGUACGAUGAGGGAACUCUCUUCUCCUCCUUCCUCUCCUUCACGGUGAAAGCAGCAUCAAAAUAUGUGGAUGUCCCUAAACCAGGGAUGGACGUUGCAGAUGGCUAUGUGACCUUUGUCCGUCACUCUCAGGACAUUCUGAGAGAUAAGGUCAAUGAGGAGGUGUAUAUAGAGAGAUUAUUUGAUCAAUGGUAUACAGCCACUAUGAAUCUGCUGGCGACAUGGCUGACUGAGCGCAUGGACCAACAGCUUCAUGUCUAUCAACUCAAAAUCCUCAUCAGGGUUGUAAAGAAGAAAUAUCGAGAUUUUAGACUGCAAGGCGUUCUUGACUCUACAUUGAACAGCAAGGGGUAUGAUACGGUUCGGAACCGGCUGAUCCUGGAGGAAGCCACUGCCUCUGUCAGAGAGGGGGGCAUGCAGGGCAUCUCGAUGAAGGACAGCGAUGAGGAAGACGAGGAGGAUGAUUAGAGCAUCGAGCCAUCCGGUGCCACCCACCACCCUGAACCUGACCCGUCUAUCCAACUCUAUGCCCUACCCCAACACUUUAAACUUAGCCUGAUGAUGUAAGAUGCAUGUAACAACUCUGAUUACCCAGUUAGCCACUCUAGGAUCUCCCCCAUCAGCUCGAAUUGCCCACAAACUAAGCUAAAAAAAACAAUACAAAUCAAAGAAUUGUAAUGAAGCGUAAAAAGAACAUUGCAAAGACCAUGAUUGGCAAUUUUAGCUGUGUCAUAACAUAAGAACAGCAAACAAGCACCAAUUUUUUCCAACUCAUUUAUUUGAGGAAUUUGUUUCUAUGUGUUCCUAAGCAAUAUGGAGUACCAUUUGUUUGAUAAUGUUGAGUGAGAUUAUUAGGUGUGUCCCUGUCCAAUGCGAUAACAUAUAUGGCGCUUCUUUGACGUACUCUUACAUACAUUAAUGGUACAUUGUUGUGAAGAUGAGUGUAUGAACACUUUUCUUUGUCUUGUCUGUUUUAAAAGUGGAUGCCAACUGCUUCAAAACUAAAAAGGAACCUCUGUAUUUAAGUUCAAAACUGUUAACUGUAAAUGUCUUCUGUGUCUGCACAUUUUCAUUGUACUUCUCUCUUUCGUGUCGAGGCUCUGUGGCCCUUUGUUGCAAAUAUCCAACUAGGCAUUGUCUUACAGGCAUCUUAAAAUGAAAAUGAAUUGGUAUUCUAGAAAUGCAAUAUCUUCAUACCUCCAUUUUGAUAUCUCAUUGGAGACGUAUUUUAAUUAGAUGUCAGAAAGUACAACAAAAUGGCUAUAUUUUUGGUUCAGUUUCACUUUUGCAGAGGAUCUCUCUUUUUUAAGUUUGUAUGUCCAAAUAAAAUGCAUUCUCUUCAUGUUAGUAGAUGUCGAAACUGCUAUGUGCCAUUUUUGGGGUCUCACUAUUGUUUUUGUAUAUAUGAUGCUGUACAUUGCAUUCUGAGCCAUUGCUGCAUGCCGGUGGGAUCCACCUUCUCCAGAAGCUUUUUUUGUUUUGUUUUGUUUUUGUUUUUCUGUGUCAAUUAGCUGGUGGAUUCAUUCUUGCGUUUGCCUUAUCAAAGCCAACAGUUGUCAUAUGCAAGAGCUGUGGCUUCUCAAUAAAGAUAACAUGAUGUACUAA